GUCGCUGCAGCCUCGCUCUCCGAACUACCCCGCGCAGGCGCGUAGGCGCUCUGCGGCGGAGGCCGCAGCAGUGCGCAGCCAUGCUGGCCGGCUCAUGGACGGCAAGGCGGCGGGGGCCUCGCUGAGGAGCCCAUGGAGCGCAAGCGGUCCUCCCGCCGGCAUCACCACCACCACGGAGCCGGUGGGGCGGCCGCAUCAGCUGUGGCGCCGCCCGAGAACCGCUGCAAGUCGUGUUGCCGCAAGUUCACCGCGUUUCUCUUCUCGCACGUGGGUCUGUGCGCGCUCGUGGUCGGCUACAGCAUCCUGGGCGCUUUCGCCUUCCGCGCGCUCGAGGCUCCCUACGAGGUGGAGAAGGCCAGCCAGGUGAUCGCCAUGCGCCGCGAGACCGUGGCGCGCCUCUGGGAGAUCACCGACCGCCUGAACGUGCUCUACAAGGAGAACUGGACGGCCGCCGUCUCGCACGAGAUCCUGGACUUCCAGGCGCGCCUCAUAGCAGCCGUAAAGGACGGCUACGAUGGCAAGGAGAUCGGCACGGGCGGACAGCAAUGGUCCUUCUCGGGCGCCUUUCUCUACUCGCUUACUGUGAUCACCACCAUUGGGUACGGCAACAUAGCUCCUCGCACCAACUGGGGCAAGAUCGUGACCAUCUUGUACGCCAUCGUGGGCAUCCCUCUGAUGCUGCUCUACUUGACGAACAUCGGCGACAUUUUGGCCAAGGCGUUUCGAUAUGUCUACGGCAAGCUGUGCACGUGCAGGCCGAGCGGCGCGCAGCGCAGGCGCCGUGUGCCCCUGCAGGCCAACCACUUGCAACGCAACUCGGUGGCCGAGAACUACCGCGUCCACCACAUCGUCUCGCACAACGCACUCGACGGACAGGAGAAGCUUCGUGCCUGUGAUGACCAGGUGCGUAUCGAGAACCUGGCCACGGGCGACGACGAGGUGUAUGAAGACGGCGCGAGCAAGCCGCGCGUGUCGGUGCCCAUCACGCUGUGCUUCGUCAUCAUGAUCGGCUACAUCUCCGGAGGUGCAGUCAUCUUUUCGCUCUGGGAGGGCUGGGAGUUCCUGGACGGCUCCUACUUCUGCUUCGUCACGCUGAGCACCAUCGGCUUCGGGGACCUGGUGCCCGGCGACACCGUGGUCUCCGACAGUGGCUCUCAGGAGAAGCUGGUCAUCUGCUCGCUCUACCUGCUGGUGGGCAUGGCGCUCAUCGCCAUGUGCUUCAACCUCAUGCAGGAGGAGGUCAUCUACAAAGUGAGAAACUGUGGCAAACGCAUUGGUAUUAUCAAGGACACCGACGACGAUGAAGACUUCUCCUGAGGCAUGUUAUCACGACACCUGGAUCAUGGCACCUUGGCCAAAAGACUCUGCAAAGUGCGAAAUAGACUUUUUUUAAACGUGAAUUGUGAACGUGCUUGGGAACGUUCUACUAGCGCUGUUCAACUUAAAUUUGCAGCAACCGCAGUGGCCAACAGCUGUUGGCGUGGGCUAUUGUGACCAAGCAGCAGCGUGGCGUAUACUUUCGUCCUUUGGCACGCACUAUCAUUCGUGCCAUCAAAACCGGAAUGCUAUUUUAUGAUGUUCGACGCACAGUUGAGGGGUUACCUCCUGGAAGGACGUCUGUACGGAAGGGAAGGGCGAUAAACGGCACUGCUUAUAUUUGACGGACAUUACCAUAGUCUUUGUUGCCGUGAGUAGUCAUAUUCAUGCCGAAUGAUACGUCCAAUUAUUCCUACAACUCGUUUUACUUAACCUGAGGCAAACAAGAACGUUUUUCUUCGGUCAUUAGGAAGCCGUGGUGUUUAUGGCAAACGUGGUUGACAGCGAACGCUCGUAGCACAGAUUCAGAUUAACGAGUGUUAGUUUUCGUCAACUAAGUCUUGAACUAAAGUGUAAUUUGUGCUGUUUGUUGCUUCGUUAAGCCUAAAGAUUACUUACUUCUACGAUUGGCUCCUUGAGUUGCGCUUUAGGAAUGCCGCGCAGCUUCAGACGAUGCAGAGUUUGUUAUUGGCAACUAUCAGUGGCAACGCAUGCUCUUCGAAAGACACGUAUCCAAAUAAACCCGGUCUCUGGCUACUGUUUAGCUGCGUGAGCUAUGAAAACUCUCGCUUGUUUUCUUAGGUAGCUUAGCAAUAUAGCUCGUUUGUACAGCUUGAAAUAUGUCAGUCUUAAAUUACGUUUUCUUUUCUGUAGCCGACUGAGAGAACAUUCUUUUUCCGUGUGGUUACGACUGUGUGUCAGAAUUUCAGUGCUACAUGGAGCUCGUCUGCAAAUAGGGAAUUAUGCGCGUGGACUUAAUUUGUGCAGUGAAUCCUGUUGGUGAGGAGUAGCCUUUCAUGCGGAGCUCAUAAUGCGCACUUACACACGUAAUCUGGGGAAGAAAAUAAGUUCUGGUAUUUGGCCGUUGAAAACGCCCAUUUUCCUGUGAAGCUGAAUUCGAAGAGAGGAGUGAGCACGCAGCGGCACAAGACAACUUUGCCCAUGGUACUGCCUACGAAUGACUCGUGACCGCUGUCUACCAGAUGACGUCUCCUGUGUGUUUAGCGUGCCGUCCUGAAGUGAACUUGACCAAACUUAGAAGUGUUAGUGCGAGAGUACUUGCACGUAUCGGUGUACGUUUCUUUCACCAGGGUGUGCGACGGAAGAGAACACCUGGCUCGGACAUAGCUUUUGUGAUACAACGACGACCACUCCGCUCAGUAUGCGAUGGUGGAUUCUAAUGUUUUGUGCUGUUCAAGUGAGUGUUAACACAAACACGUACAGAAUACGACAUAUGCUCGCUUUUCCCAACUUCACGGUUGCCCAUGACAUCUUGUUUCAGCUGCUUUUUUUCAAUUGUCCUCGUGGCAUUGAUAUAAGCAUUUAUUUACUUUACAUACAGCAGAAGCAUUGCGCUAUGGGAAUACCGAAUUCCUUCGUAAAGUUUGUCGUUGUAGCAUUAAGCGUGUUGCAUUCAUAGGUUCUUAUAAGAUAGUGUGCGUGUGCAAGAAAUCUCUCUUAUUUUUUCGCUCUUUAUUCAUGUGAAUGUGUCGAGAAUAGGUUGCAUGCCGGCUGAUUUUCCCGUCUUAUUUCAUCCCUUGUCACUAUGUCUAUGUAGCGUACCAUAUUUUGUUAUUAGAUAUGCCCCCUAAAAGAGUGUCUCGUGCUGCAGCGUCUAUUAAGUACUUGUCAUUGGCUGAAAACUGCUUAGGUGCAAGGCAAAAUACGGAGCCGAUUGAUUUUUUGCUAAGAUGAAACUGUGAACAUACGUUAUCCUAGACUGACAAUGUCUUCAACGUUCCCACUGCCACUUGAAGUUAACUUUUGGAAUAGAGCGUAGCGCGUUUCGUUAUGUAUUGAAGGAAUCGUCGGAAAAAAAUUAUCUUCAAGUUAGAAGCCGUGUUCAUGACGACUGAUAAGAUGUCUCGACAGCCAGAGAAUCUAUUUGGCUAUCGUGAGCGUCAUUCCAACUUAAAGGUCAUAUUCCGUUCUCAGCAUGAAGAAUUCUUGCCUUUACCUUUGUCUUAUGUCACGUAGCCAGAAAGUUUCAAAGCUUUUCUUUCCUGUGUCAUUAGCAACGUGCUCUGUGCCGAUGUAUAUAUAACCAAGUUGUAUGGAUCCAAGUGCCACAAAACAAGGACGAAACUCCAAAAUUAAAAAAAUUAGUUGAACAACUUUAACAUUUUGAGGUGCAUUGUGUUUUUUUCAAUAACCCAAUAUCCUCUGCGAAUGCUGAAGCACACAACAUAUUAUUCUGUAAAUCAGUAAACCGAUGUUGAAUCGUAGCUGUGUCACGCGAUGCUUUCUGAUGAUAUGCUUUCCGUAAUAUUGUGGCGUUACACGUGAAAUUAGUAAAAUACAAAUGUAUUUGUUGAAGAUCUUCUGGCAAAGUAACGAAAUAUAUGCAUUUGAGCUAUUUUUUGCAAUAAGAAGCACAAAAGAAAGGUAGA